CCUCAGUGCCGACGACGAGUUUUUGGCCAGCGGAGACCGUAGGUUGCGUCUGGUGGAGGGAGAGUGAGCGGGGCUGCCCUGAAUGGAUUGACAUAAGAGGGAUUUACAUUUUAACGGGUGUCGUGCUCCGCAGAGACGACACGGUGCACGCUGAAAAACCAACUAUUCCGCUCGAUGUGUGUCCACGUCGGUGCUUUUACCAUGUUGUCCAUGUGUCAUCGUCGAGAGAGGAUUGAACUUGCCAGCAGUCUAUAUUUGCCGAGGAGGGAAAACCAAUACAAGGUCUAGCUGUCUCGCUGGAGCGGAGUAUUAUUAGCAGUUCAGACAGUGCAACUGUCGCUCUCUGGUCAUGCACUGCACUUACAAGAUAAUGACAGCAUCACAAUUUGCAAUGCAAGAAUAAAACACAGAAGAGGAAGAUUUAAAAAAAAAAAAAAUAAAAAAAAUAAGAAAUUACACACAGAGCAAAAGGUAAACAUUCACCUGGCUCCCAUGCAGGCUGCCAGAAAUCCUCCCCUCCACACCCUCAGCCAUGCCUGCCACUACCAAACCCGCCAGGAGACAGACACCUGCUCAGAGGAAAAAUGGCCAGAAGGUGAUCAGCACCAAGAGGCAAACCUGCAACUCAAAUAAACCCAGAGGAAGAGCGUCAGAGAGGCUCCAGAAAACACCUGCAGAGCCUAAAAGGUCUACAACCAGGGCGCAGGCACAGUCAGGCCGAAACACCCAUGAUAGAGGGGUUAGUGUGCCUGCUAGUCAGGCCCUCGGGAGGUCCCCUGGCAGAGUUAACCAUGCCCUAAAUGUAACAGCAUCUGCAAGGUUUAGACGGCUGAGCAAUCCGCCUGACCACUGUGGCGAGUUACAAGACCCCCCAGAGCGAAGGAAGUCCCUGCGGGGCACACGGGUGUGUGUUACUCCCUGCCAGCCUUCUAAACCUUGCAGAGGGGGGAGAAACAGCAGGGGGAGUGCAGGCGCACGUGCAGCAUCGCAGCAAGGAAACACAAGAAACCAACCCUUGGGCACCGGCAUCAAGGAUGCAACUGAGAACCUGGGCACCUGUGAUGCAGAAGAAAUACACCCAGUUUCUCUUAAAACUGAUUUUGAAGUUCAUGCAAGUAUCAAAGAUCAGGGUUUAGGAGUCAGCAAUGCUAAAGAGGGCAGCCCUCUUAAAGCAGAUUCACCACCGUGUAACGACAUACUGGAAGACUGUGUGCAGUGCAGCUGUGACAGCACAACAACCCAGCAAGACGAAAACACUGCCAGUCACAACAGUGAAGGUGACCUGAGGUGUGUGUCUGGGGUGUGUGAUGAUGUUGACGGACAGCUAAAGCACUGCAGCGACAGAAGUAAAGAUAGAACCUCUGUGCUAACGAGUAUUGGCUCACCAGGGGUGCAGGGCAGUAGCCAGGGAAAUGACACUUCAUCUGUCCUUGCAAAUAAGCUUGAUCAUGUUGCCAGUGAUGUUGAGCAAGAUAAUGAGCAUGCUGUCCCUCAAGAGGAAGGUAACAUGUCGGACUUGAAAGAAAAUAGGACAGAUGAAAGAGUGAUAGUUGUCGUAGAGAGAAAAGAGGAGAUAAAUAAUGAGAGAGGAGAGAGUUUAGAGGCAGAGAAAACAGAUGAGAGGCAAAAUGAGGCCGUGGAAGAGACGAAGGAGAUCGUUGAGAAGCUGGGUAAUUGUGAGAGAGGAGAGGAGGAUGAUGUCUCCAUCAGUCCGGCUGACUCCCACCCCAGCACUCCAGCCUCUCAACCUUCAGAUCCACCCCACUCUAACAAUGGACUGACAGCACAGUCAGAAUCACCUGCAAGUGUGCUAUCAAUCUCCAACGCAGCUACCUCAAAUCCCACCAAAGCCCCCUCCACCUCAGAGGCAGUCGAGCCCGAGGUUCUGAGCCAGAGUAAGACGGACAUGCAACCUACCGUUCAUGGUGCUAAACCUCAAUUCCCAGGGUCCUCAGCUGUUGCUGAAAAUUCCCUGACGGUGCAGACUGUUCAAGUAAAAAGAAUCACACCAGUUAUUAUCCGCAGUGACUCCUUCAAAACCAGGAGCUUGAGGGAUUCAAGCCAGGGGGAACCACAACAACUGCAAAGCCCAGCAAUCCCUCCUCCUCAGGGAGAGAAACAAGCUUGCACACCAGCAGAGACGCAGACCAAAGAUAGUGAAUCCAAUCGAGAGCCUGUGGAGCACCACAGCAAGACAGAGACAUCUUCGCUGUCAUUGUCGCUUGUUCCUCAGUUGAGCACAGACGCCCUCACAGCUGAGAGUGAACCAAACCUCAGCGAGGACGGCGUUGUAGUAGCAGUGCCAGAGGCGGACUCAGUGCCAAAGAUCUCCACUCCCUCUCUGGACAGUAGCUUCACCUUCUCCUGCAGCUCAGAAAGCACUCGCUCCUCUUUUUCUUUUGACACCGAAUCGGAGGCAGGGUACGGAGAGCCCGGCACCUCUGUUCUACCUGGAUCUUGGGGACCAGAGGGGGCCUGCUUGCCCUCCUGGACCGUUCCGAAACCACAGAGGAGGGAGAGGAAGAAGCGGAGCAGGUGUGGGACGUGUGAGCCAUGCCUGAGGAAGAUCAGCUGCGGCCAGUGCAGUUGCUGCCUCAACCGCAGGACUGGCCACCAGAUCUGUAAGCUGAGGAAGUGUGUGGAACUGAGGAGGAGAAGACCUUCAUCUGUGCUCACUUUCUCUGCUGCACAGGUGGUUCCAGAAAGUGGGUCGGUAAAUGGCAAAGGCAAGGCACAGAUGGAUGACACCCACACGGCAGCAGAGGAGGAUGAGGGGGAGGAAGGCCACAUACCUCAUACACAAGCUCCCCCCAUCACCCACUCCCUCACCCACAACCUGGCCUCGGACCAAGGCAGACGGCCAGCACUUGUUAAAAGAGAGCCCGGGCUGGAGCUGACCAGCAUUGCACUUCACCAACACGUAUGCUCUUCUCUGACUUUUCCGAAUGGUUCUGCUGAGAACCUGACAAAACCUAACGGUGCUAAUAUGACCACUGGGUCACAAUCUGAUCUGAAGUCUGCAUAUAAAAGGACUAUGAUUGCAUCAGACCCUCAAAGGACUAUAAUUGCUGCAAUCCCUAAAGACUGCCCUGAGAACGGACCCAAGACUCCUCCAGAUGACAUGUCAGUUCCACUAAAGAAGAUCAAACUGGAGGAGCCGUGGACCUGGAUCACUGAACAGGCCACCACCCAGCUGAGUGAUGAAGAUGAGGUUUGCGAAGACCCGCUGUCCACGUUGGCGGCCGUGGUGUGCCUUUCUGUCACAGAGAGGAAGGGACUGGAGGAGAAACUUUUCAGCACACGCUCCUCCAUUCUUUGCUCCAUCAAAACAGAACCACCAGAUUUGCACUUCGUCAAAAAAGAGCCUGAGGACUUAAAGAAUGGCAUGUGUCAGAAAAGCACUCCUGUUAGCCUGCAAAGGACUCCCCAGCCUAUCAAAAGUGAACCUCCUCCAAGUGUCUUGCAACCAAGCGUGCAGUCUUUGGCAGAGAGAAGAAAUCUUAGUUUUGAUCAGGCUAUUGCUAUUGAGGCCUUGACUCAACUGGCAGCUAUACCUCAAAGCACCCCAGGGGCCAUAAAAGCUGAAAGUAAGUGUGAACAUCCCAUUUCUGCAUCUGCCCCAUUUUCAACCUCCAAUACAAAUACAACACUGCAAGAAGCCAAACCCACAGCACCUUUCCGCUACAACAAAGUCUCGGUCAUUAGCUCAGCACUGCACCAGACGUCAGUCAUACGCCCUCCUGUGGCCCGACAUGGGAAUGUCAUCCAGUGCUCCCGGGGGUCGAGCGCUAACAUAAAGCUUUCUGUACGAGAUCUCUUAGAGACCAGCACAGACAGUGAUAAUGCACCCUGCAGGAGGACAGAGCCGGGCUUUGGUCCUCAUGUCAUCAAGUCGGAAUGCAGCUAUAAAGAUCCCAGUGACGUGAAGUUCAGUAAAGAUCAUGAGCGAUUGUUUGGGGAGGACAAAGACAGGGUUGUUGGUAAAGUGAGGAGAAACAGAGUGGAGGAGGAGGUGGCAGCUCAGCUGGCAGACCUGGCCUUCAUCAUCCAGUCCCGACACAACCAGCAAUCAGAGAACAACCCUCCAAAAGGAACACCUGUGUCAGCCAUCAAAUACAACUACAACUCCCAGCUACCCUCCAGUCAGAAAAAGCCCCUCUUGAAAAAAACAAAAGCUACGCCUUCAAAGCCCAGGAAGAAGAAAAGUGAGGGAAUCAACAGCAGGAUGCCCCUCUCAAAACGCAUGCCAAAUGGAGAGUCAGCCCACAGGGGCAGAGGCCAGAAGAUUCAACAGCAGGGGAAAUCAGGCCUUCACAAGAGGAACCUGUUUCUGCCUCAGGCUCAAAUUGACCUGAAGAGAUACUUGGCUGCAGCUCAGGAGGAAAGGAGGCAACUUAUCCAGCACAGUAAUGCACACAAUCCCGCCCUCUUCGGGCCACAGACUCAGAACUACAGCACUCUAACACGGAUCAACCACGCUCAAGAAAACCAUCCAUGGUCCCUUACAAAUGGUCCACUCCACCAACACAAUCCAUGCAAUGGUCAUGUUGCAGGACUGGGGCAGGAGUGUGAAAGGCACUUGUUAUCUCAGGUAGCGCAGCCCUGUGUUGGGCUGCAGCACGGUGCUAGGCUGCAGCACGGUGCUGAUCCUAACACCAGCCCAGCCAGUACUGCUUUCCACAGCCACGCCACCAGUCACCAUGGUCUGGCUAAUGGCUUCUCAGGGGCUCGGCAGUCCCCUCCUCUGAGUCAGCAGAGCUACUACAAGCUGGAGACGGCAGGACCUGUUACUGUCCUGUCCACGGCUACUGAUUUGGAUCUGGGCAAAUCUGCAGAGUCAACUCCAUCCAAGAACAGCGUCAACAGCUUUCUGGAGUCGCCUAUGAGUUUUCUGGAUACCCCUACCAAGAACUUGCUCAAUACACCUUCCAAAAAACUGGCUGAUCUUCCAUCCUGUCAGUGUGUGGACCAGAUCAUUGAAAAGGAGGAAGGCCCUUACUACACUCACCUCGGGGCAGGACCUAGUGUGGCUGCAGUGAGGGAGCUGAUGGAGAACAGAUAUGGUGCCAAAGGAAAUGCAGUAAGGGUGGAAGUUGUUGUUUACACUGGGAAAGAAGGAAAGAGCUCCCAGGGGUGCCCGAUAGCUAAAUGGGUGAUCCGGCGUGGCAGUGAAGAGGAGAAGUUGCUGUGUUUGGUCCGCAAAAGGCCAGGGCACUACUGUGACAGUGCCGUGCUGGUGAUCCUCAUCCUGGCGUGGGAGGGAAUCCCUCGAUCGGUGGCAGACAAUCUCUACCAGGAGCUCACACAGACUCUCUUCAAAUACGGCUCCCCCACCAGCCGUCGCUGUGCCCUCAAUGAAGAUCGUACGUGUGCAUGCCAGGGUUUGGACCCAGACACCUGCGGAGCUUCAUUUUCCUUUGGCUGCUCCUGGAGUAUGUACUUCAAUGGCUGUAAGUUUGCCCGCAGCAAAGUGCCCCGCAAGUUUCGACUGCUUGGAGACUACCCAGAGGAGGAGGAGAAGAUAGAGAGAAACCUACAGAGUCUUGCCACUGACCUCGCACCACUCUACAAACAACUGGCUCCUGAGGCCUUCCAAAACCAGGUGGAAAAUGAGGAGACGGGGGGAGACUGCCGGCUGGGCGAGAGGCAGGGACGUCCUUUUUCUGGAGUCACAGCCUGUGUGGAUUUCUGUGCCCACGCUCACAAGGACACUCACAACAUGAACAACGGCAGCACUGUGGUUUGCACUUUAACCAAGGAAGAUAACCGUGCAGUGCGCAACAUACCAGAGGACGAGCAGCUCCAUGUUCUGCCACUUUACAAGAUCUCUGACAGGGAUGAGUUUGGUGAAGUGGAGGGUCAGUGGGCCAAGAUCCGAAGUGGCGCUCUGCAAGUUCUAUCUGCCUUUCCCAGAGAGGUGCGUCUGCUGGCUGAGCCGGUGAAAUCAGCCCGUAAGAUUAGACAAGAAGCUCGUCUGAAGGCUCAAGCAGAGAAACAGGAGAAGAAGCUCGGCCUGACUCCUCUCACCCCUGGGAAAGUGAAAGCUGAAACCCCCAACAAAGAGCCACAGGGCUUCUACAGCCCAUACAUACUCCCACCCAGACCUGCCAGCGUUGGACGGUACCCACCAGAGAGGAAUCAACCCAGCACUUGCAACCAGAGCACCAGCAGCUACCCCACCCUGAGUGCAAGGGUCACCCCACAGAAGGAGGUCAUCGCCCCCAACCACCAUGGUCUGCCCGGCCUCCAGUUUGGACAGAAUGGUGCAGCUCUUAAUUAUAAGACAAUAAGUGAUACCGUGAAUGGUUAUUCUCCAGCAUCUGGUGACCAGAGUGUUCGUAUACCUCCACAUAACGCCCUUAGUGACUACCCCCAUACUUAUAAAACUGAGCCCAACGAGGUGCACUGCUCUCCUCUGCGCAGACCCUCCCCCAGCGGGAGUGCUCCUCCUCCCUCCUCCUUCUCCCCACGACCUACCUCUGAGGGCCUCUUCAGCAGGCUCAAUGGACUCCACAGGGCUGCAGGAGAUGUGGCGGCAGAGGUCAGGGGUCAUGGCCUCCCUCCACUCUCAUCUCUCCCCCUUCCCCCACAAACUCCCCCGCCUGAACCGGAGGUAGUCAAGCAGGAAGAGGUGUGGUCGGACAGCGAGCACAACUUUCUGGACCGCGAUAUAGGCGGAGUGGCCGUGGCACCAUCACACGGCUCCAUCCUGAUAGAGUGUGCACGACGGGAGCUCCACGCCACUACCCCUAUCCUCAGGCCAAACCGUAGCCACCCCACCCGCAUCUCCCUGGUCUUCUACCAGCACAAGUCUCUAAAUGAACCAGGCCACGGGAUGGCUAUGUGGGAUGCUAAAAUGGCCAAGCGGGAGCGGGACCGCGAGGAGGAGGCUGAGAGAUUACGGAUGGAAGACUGCCUGAGCAAUGGUGGUAAAGGAGCUGGAGGGGUGGAGCUAGAGGGGGAAAUGGGGGAGGAGGCAGAGGAGACAAGGAGGAUCAUGAAUGUCCCCACACGUCAAGGGUGGACCCGCCCAAGGGAUGUCGUCAUCACCAUGGCCCCUUAUGCUCUUACCCAAGUGACAGGGCCCUACAAUCGCUGGACUUAGUCAACAUGUUUUACACACACACAUACACACACACAGACACACAGAAAACUCCUACACCCUGUGCUUCUGCCUUACCUCAAUCAACUUCAAACUGCUACUCUCAUUUUUACGUCGUUUUCGUUGUGCUUUUCUAAUAUCUGUUUGUCAACUUUGCCCUUCGUCGUCUCUGCCUUCAAAGUGAUGAGGAAGACCAAAGUUUGUUGGCUUUUUAACUGUGAGUUUCGGUGUUUUUAUUGUAAAGAGAUGGUGCUUUGAAGCAUUUUUAAACUGGUUUUAUAUACAUGAUUAAGAACAAAAAAGAUGUGAUUAUUUAUUCUGAUCAUAACGAUUUCUAUUUAAUUCCUGGUGUAAGCCUGUUUACUGCAAGAUUUCUAUGAUAACCUGCAUUAUGUGUCGGCGCUCAGAAUUUAUGUUGUACAGUAGGACUAUGCUCUUUAUUUCAGCCAAUAGUUCGCUUUUCAUAAGAUGAAUCUCAUUGGCUUUUACGUUGGUGCCAUUCUCACUGUAACCUCUGUUAGACAUCAUCACAUCACAUAAUGUAGAAAACAAGACUAAUAUUGUGCAUAUAUAUUUACUACAGAUUGUCACAUGUAGCAUCGUGCUUUUCCUUCUGCUGCCUCUGACUUCUGUUGGCAGUCGAUGAAAGAAAUGUACUUCUUCAGUUUGUUUUGUUUGUUCUCUCUACGUCUGGAUGGUUUGUCUUUUAUCCACAGAUAUGUAUGGCAUAUUAAGAAGCACUUUUUU